UCUAUCUAUCCCGUGUACAAAUUAACCCACCUACCAAGGGAUCAUAUAAUUAAACACUAUGCAGGCGGAACUUCCGGUAGGUUUCCGCUUCUAUCCAACAGAAGAAGAGCUUGUUUCAUUCUAUCUACACAACAAACUGCAAGGAAACAUAGAGGAUCAACUGCACCGCGUUAUCCCAUGCAUCAAUAUCUACGAUGUAGAGCCAUGGCAUCUUCCAAGGCUUUCGGCAGAAGUAUGCAAAGGAAGCACUGAUUGGUUUUUCUUUACGCCAAGACAAGAGAGAGAAGCCAAGGGAGGGAGACCCAGUCGAACUACGGCCACCGGGUACUGGAAAGCCACAGGGUCUCCCGGCUGGGUGUUCUCGUCGAAUAACAGAGUAAUUGGAGUGAGGAAGUCCAUGGUUUUCUACCAAGGGAAAGCUCCCCAUGGAAAAAAAACCAAAUGGAAGAUGAAUGAUUAUAUUGCCAUUGACGAAGCAUCCUCCUCCUCCUCCUCAUCAUCAUCAUCACCAACUGCGGCCAUUCCCAAGUUGAGGCAGGAGUUUCGUUUGUGCCGAUUGUAUGUGGGAUCGGGAAGCGCCAGAGCAUUUGAUAGACGUCCAUCUGAAGCCCCCAUGAUGAGAAUGAUGGCAGAGGAUCAACAGAAUAUUCACGAUGCAAGAAAUCAGGAGGAGGGUGCGAGAGACCCUUCGACAGAGAUUGAAGGAGGAGAAAAUUUGGAAUCGGCGAAUGAUAUUCAGGAAGACGAUUGGGAACAACUGAAUUGGGUCGAAGAUCCUGAAUUCUUCUUGCUCUGUAAUCAACUAGGAAGUAACUAGAUCGACUGAAUCAUUUAACAAUUAGGCCGUAAUGUAUGUGUAGGAGGAGGAACAGAGACAGAGACAUUCUUGUGCCAGAAGCCAUUUAGUUUAAUGCCAGAAAAGUUUCUAGCACGACAAAAUCCACCUUUUCUUCAGUUUCAGAUCAUGUUUUCUUAGUUUUCCUACAGUGGAUUUUGUGUAUUGUAAAUAUAUUCAAAAUUCCCUGCCACUAAUAAAUUAAAUCAGCACUGUUUUCGGUCUGCCCUGACCCUGA